AUGGAUGAACUUCCCUGCUAUUGUGAUUCAGGUGAGAUUUUGUUUAAAGAUGGAGACUCUGAAGAUGCCUGGGAUGAUGAAGAGAGAUAUGAGAGACCUACUGAUGGAAGUGCAACUGUUGAGGCAAACUCGGUGGAGCUUGAAGCUUCCUCCAUGGAUGAGUUUCCAUGCUAUAAUGGAAGGGGGGCGAUUAUUUUUGAAAUUGGAUACGGUGAAAAAGAAUGCAGUGAAGCUUGUAACCGAAGUGGGCCUGUAAAUGAAAAAGAUAACGAAUCUGGUAACACAUGUGGAACUGUAAAAGAAACACAUGCAGAUGCUACACUACAUAUUUCAGAAGAAUUUGCGCAUAGCAUUGACAAGACUUCUGACAAACAAUUCAGAUGGUUUGAAGAAUAUGGUCAGCAAGACCAAAGGGAGCCACCCUCUCCAGAACUGGAUCAUGCACAGCCAUUUCAUCUCAUGAAUUCACUAGCAAGAAAAGCAUCUUCAAUGAACUCACUAGCGAGAAAAGCAACUUCAAUCGUGACUUGCUUUUCUGUGAGUGAGACUGGAGACAGGGAUGUAUUGACAUUGAUUGAUGAGAAUGUUCCUGGAUCAGAUUGGCAAAGGGGGAAGAAAUUAGUUAUUGACAAGAAAAGCAUCACAAGUGGAACUGUUAAAGAAACACAUAUGGAUGCUCAUCCUUGUGCAGAUUAUGCACAAAGCAUUAACGAGAAUUCUCAUGAACAAUUUGGAUGGUCUGAACCAUAUGGCAUGCAAGACCAAAGAGAUCCACUCUCUCCAGGACUAGAUUAUGCACAACCAUUUGGUUUCAUGAAUCAGCCGACAAACAAAGCAUCUUCGAUUGUUGAUGGGGAUGUAUUGACAUUGAUUGAUGAGGAUGCUUCUGAAUUGGAUCAGCCAAAAUGGAAGAUGCUUUCUAGCAAAAUAAGCACUGGUAAAGAUAAAGAACUGACCCGAAGUUCAUUCAUCCCUCAGGAUAUUGAAGUUAUAGAUUUGCUGUCCCCAUCUCCAGAAUGCAGAAUUAGGUCAGGCAGCAAGAAGGGAAGAGUUUCUCCUGUGAAUCCUGUAAUUAUUGACUUAACUUAG